CAAAACUUUUUCUCAACUUUUUCGCACUAGUUGGAAAAUUGCAGAAUCUUAUAAAAAAUAGUUAUAAAAUAAGUUUGGUGUAUCAAAUCAUAGGUGUGCAAUUUGCAAAGCGUACAGAGGCAACAAAACAAUUUGUUAACUGUUUGAGUGGCUGAUUGGUCGGUAAGGUCUACGUCAUCCAACUUACCGUUCCGCUUGUUGGCUUCAACGCUUUUAUUAGCAACACACGCACACACAUCUAUAUCAAGUAAAAAAUUUAGAUCAUCAAUUACGGCACCGGGAUACUGUAACGGACACGGGCCUAAAUGUCGGAGAGAAGUUUAAAAGUAGGUGCGCGGGUCGACAUAACCGGCAAGGAUCUACAAGGAACCGUUGCCUAUGUUGGUAUGACCCACUUCGCCGUUGGCAAGUGGGUGGGCGUGGUGCUUGAUGAGCCGAAAGGUAAAAACAAUGGUGUUAUCAAAGGGCAGACAUAUUUUGAAUGUGGAGAAAAUUAUGGUAUGUUUGUGCGACCAACACAACUUCGUGUCAUUGGCGGCAGUCCGGAUUCCAAGAAGUCUUCUGAGGAUGUUGCUGAUUCGGCGAGUAGCAGCAGUAGUGCCAGAACGCCCAUAGCCCAACCCACUAAAGCACGGUUGAGCGGGUCACGUAACUCGCUCUCUUCCAGCCGCCAAUCAUUGCUGGGCUCACGCACUCAACUGUCGACAUCGCUUAUCGAACGUAGUGGUAGCACAGCAAGUAGUUCAAGUGGCGGCCGGAAGAGUUUACAACCACCCAGUACAACAGCCAGGGAUCGCACUAUAGGCUCUGCCACAGCAUCCAGUGCAUCUAUACCCACGGCUGAGGGUGGCGGUAAUGGUAAUGCCUCGCAUUCAACUUCGAAGCGUGCUUCCUUCGUCGAAACGGGUUUCCUUGAGAUUCUCAAGCCGCAAUUUACGCCAUUACAGCCAACGCGCUCACCUUCUUUCACAGCCACUCCACAAGGACCAACAGCCGAGGAGAAAGCAGCAGCAGCUGAACAGCAGAAACUUAUCGAAGAUUUACAGACGCAAAAUACCGAUUUAAAUGAAAAACUUGAAACUCUAAAGCAACGACGCAAUGAAGAUAAAGAGCGUCUACGCGAAUUCGAUAAAAUGAGAAUUCAAUUUGAGCAACUACAAGAGUUCCGUAGUAAAAUUAUGGCAGCACAGGCUUCGUUGCAAAAAGAAUUGCAGCGUGCAAAGCAAGAGACAAAAGAUGCUAUCGAAGCACGCGAAAGACACGCACAGGAAAUGUCCGAAUUGGCCGAUAAUGUUGAACUCAUUACGCUAGACAAGGAAAUGGCAGAGGAAAAGGCAGACACAUUACAACUCGAAUUAGAAUCGGCCAGGGAGCGCAUUGAAGAACUGCAAGUAGACUUAGAGCUGUUGCGUUCUGAGAUGCAAAACAAAGCUGAGACCUCGAUUAGUGAAAUAUCCGGCGAAGGUGGUGGUGUUUUGUCCACAUAUGAAUUCAAACAAUUAGAACAACAGAAUUUACGUUUGAAGGAGACACUAGUACGUUUGCGCGACCUAUCUGCUCAUGACAAGCACGAUAUACAGAAGUUGACAAAGGAAUUGGAAAUGAAAAAGUCUGAGGUGGCUGAAUUGGAACGUACAAAGGAGAAGUUAUCGAGCAAAAUUGAUGAAUUAGAGGCGACAGUCGCCGACUUGCAGGAACAAGUCGAUGCAGCACUCGGCGCUGAAGAGAUGGUCGAACAAUUGGCCGAAAAGAAAAUGGAACUUGAAGAUAAAGUGAAAAUGCUCGAGGAAGAGGUAGCGCAGCUGGAGGCACUUGAGGAAGUACACGAACAGCUGGUGGAGAGCAACCACGAAUUGGAAAUGGAUUUGCGUGAAGAGUUGGAUUUGAUGAGUGCCGCACGUAAGGAGGCACUGCGUGAACGUGAUGCCGCUAUUGAGACUAUCUACGAUCGCGAUCAGACAAUCACCAAAUUCCGCGAGCUGGUACAGAAACUGAACGAACAGCUAUUAGAUUUGCGUGAUCGUACAGCCAACAAUGAUCCGAAAUCACUGCAAGAUGCCAAUGGCGUUAAGAUCGCUAGUGAAACAAUUGAUUAUAAGCAAAUGUUUGCCGAAUCCAAAGCGUAUACACGCGCCAUUGAUGUGCAGCUUCGCCAAAUCGAGUUGACGCAAGCGAAUGAGCAUGUGCAAAUGUUGACCGCUUUUAUGCCCGAAUCGUUUAUGAGUCGUGGUGGUGAUCACGAUUCGAUAUUGGUAAUUUUAUUAAUCUCACGCAUCGUCUUCAAAUGCGGCAUUGUAGUCAGCCAGACACGCGAGCGCUUCCCCGCGGUUGAGAAUGUGACACGUGAAGCAGUUUUCCAAGGACAUUCUGUGCAACAGUAUGCCUUCAAGUGUCGUCUCAUGCACUACAUACACAAUCUACAGUGUGCACUCCAUCAAAUACUCUACGGACUCAACAGCUGUCAGCCCGAUACAUUGUUGCGUGCCGGCAAUUCACUGCCCGAAAUGGUUGCACAGGAGAAAACUAUCGAUGGUAUUAUUGAGUUGUUGAAAUCGAAUCAAUUGGAUGAGAAUUCCACCACAGAGAAUAUAGAGAAAUGUGUGGCUUUCUUUAAUGCCAUGAACUCAGUGUUGUUAGCCGGCGAAGAUCUACUCAAUGAAACACAAAUGAUACGUGAUUGCGUCGCUGCUUUGGGUUCGGCCUGUGAGUCGAUUUUGAAUGAUGUUACCAUUGCACGUACGAUUGUGCGUGAAGGCGGUGAUACCAGCGACUCUAUGCUACUCAUGCAAUACCUCAAUGAACAGACGGAGGCCAUCAAACAACAGGUUAAACUUAUUAAGCGUCGCCUACCGCAGGACAUACAUGUCAUCAAAUGCGGCAUAUCGCCACUCAAACUGGAGGCGAUGCGUCAGAUGGCACAUACGCUGUCGCGCAUUAUGUCCGUCAUGCAUUUGGCCACAAAACAGGGUGCCCAACUCAUAGCUGCCUCAAUUGAAUCGGACAACACAGCUGAGCAUACGAUUGAGCAUUCGAAAUUUUGGGAACUGCUCACACAGGCGUGUGAACGUGUCUACGAACAGGACGAUCGUGGCCCAUCGCAAAACUUCAAGGGUAUGUUAGCGCAGGCAAAUAGCGAUUUGCAACAAAUGGCACAGUAUUUGCUAGAUAAGGAAUACGAGAUCAUGUCCUUGGCGAAUCAAAAGCAAGAGAAACCCAUUUCUCCGAUCAUUUCACGCGCACAACUCAUCAAGAAACAGCUGGAGCAAAAGAAUGUGCUCGCAGCGACACUCGAAAACCGUGAAGCGGAUAUAAAACAAUUGAAGCUGGCGGCCAAACUGAAACAAAACGAGCUUUCUGAGAUGCAAAUACGCAAAGAUUUGGCCGAGAAGAAACUUUCGGUGCUGCAAAGCGAAUAUGAACACACCGUAGAGAAGUGGAAGCGUCAGUAUGAGGAGGCGCAUGCGCAGCUAGAACAAUUGCAAAAGAAGGAGAAGGAGUACGAGGUGACGCUCGAUCAUCUCCAAAGUGACAUUGAAGCGUUGGAGAGUGAGAAGAGCACGUUGCGUGAGAAACUUAAGACAACUGGUGGCGGUCCUAAACGUUUCGCCGACUCCUCACUUACAACGACAAGCAGCAGUGGUGCGGCUUUUGCACAUCACGGCGUUACUGGCAGCACACCAAUCAUUGCUGAGGAGUUGCAACUGCUAAAGACGGUGCUGCACAAUGAACGCAAUACACGCUUACGCAUGCAGGCACAGCAAAUACGUGAAAAACUAAAGAAAUUCGAGCCCAUACAUGUGCCGCAACCGAAGGAUAAACGCAUCACCGAACUGGAAGGCGAGCUGACGCGCAUGAAGCACGCAUGGGCGUUAUCACUCCUACAGGCUGGUCCGAAACCAGAUACAACGGGCAUUGAAUCGAUUGUGGCCAUGCAACGUCGCCAUCAACAAUUGCCCGCCAAAGCAGAGAUCUCAACGCGCGCCAAUCACUUGGCUGCCGAAAUACUCGCCGAAUAUCUGCAACGCAAUCCACAUCGUGCGGCCAAUUGCGAAUUUGCGGCAUUCCCAACGGUGGAGGUGAAACGUGUAUUGAAGAUUUAAGCUUAAGGCCAAAUUAAAGGUAUUGAAUUGAAUGGCUAAAGAACUUUAAGUGCAACUGAGUGGCUUGUGAUGCGGGUUUUUGGGCGCUGCAUUAAAGUAAAUGGUGGCUUUAAGCAUACGCAUAUAUAUAUAUAUGUAUGUAUAUU